AUGGCGGCAACCAAUAAGAAGGUGGUGCUUCUGUUGGGAUUGAUGGCCGUGAUUGCUUGUUGCACCCAUGCGCAGCAGAUCGUAUGCAACGCACCCGUUUCGGGCCUGAUAGCUUGCAGGCCGGCCGUGACGCUACCGAACCCGCCACCCCCUGUGGCCGUGUGCUGCGAUGCCCUCAGGCACGCCGACUUGAAGUGUCUCUGCCAGUACAAGGACUCACCGCUCGCCCUCCAGCUCCAUGUCAGCCCGAAGCUCGCGCUGGAGCUCCCCAAGAAGUGCAAGCUCCCUCAUCCGGCCCCCUGCUGA